AGCAGUGAAAUCAAGAAGGGUGAGCGGAUAGCGCGGGAGGUGAGUAUAUAUACAAAAGCAUAUUAAUAGUCAUUUCAAGAAGGAGGGCGAACCCACGUGAAGAAGCAGGCAGACCCCGAGCACGAGCUCAUGCAGCUGCGUAUGUCGAGAGCUUGGUCGAGGCCUCAAACAGUUGGUUCCGGGAGUGUGCCGCUUUGGGCGCUGUCAAGCUGUGAAGCGAAGGAGUGGGUGCGACACCAAGCUGCAGACUAUCCGUCCAAUGAGUGCAUUAGGCAAGGACCCUGGUCCGUCAGGAAGCAAGUGACGGCCGAGCUUCACAAAGAAGAAGAAAAGGAACACACUCCAAAGUUCAGCCGAGCAGCUAGGUGGUAUGCAAGACAACGUUUCCGGUCCAAGACCAGCCCUGUCCGCUACUCUGGAACGUUUGAGUUCUGACGAACCACGAACGACUCGGUCCCACAACCAAUCAGGGAUUUGGCGUUGCCUGAAGGGGAUUUGAUGAGCCUGAAAGAUGAAUAAGUGCUUGGCCACUCGUCAGGUCGAUACGUGGAAGGUCUAAGU